GACAUCGGGAAAAGAUUUUGGAGACUCAUUUUGGAGUAGGGCAAUCAUUUUUUUUGGAAGACCUUUAGAAUUGGCCGCUUCAGCCUCAACGCAACCAACCAAAAAGAAUAAAUCACAAAAGUUAUCUCGCGUAAUAGAGAAAACGAAAAAAUGUUCAACUAAAAGUGGCAAAAAACGU